UUUUCUGGGACUUCAUACCAGUAACUAUCCAACAACAGGGUAAUUUUAGGGGCAGAUAGCCACAUAUUUUUCUGUCCUUGCACUAACCAACUACUGCAAAUAAGUGUUGCAGCUGGUUUGAAUUUUAAGAUUUUUUUCACAUGGCUUCAGAAUUCCUGGGCACCAUGCCCUCCGUGUCCUGCUUCCUGCACCCGUUGGCUCUGACAGUCCCUUUGCCUCACAGGAGACCCCCAGACCAACCCCAGCCCCUCGUCAGCAGAGGAGAAGACCCGGCUUCUGAUGGAAAGCCAUGCACGGAGCUUCCAGGGCCGGAGCCCCCACUCCCUGGCCGGAGAGGGUCCCUGCAGCCCCCGGGAAGCCAGCGUGGUUGGAGGCAGCACGAGCCAAGCGGGAUCGGAAUUGGGGCUGGGUUUUGCCGGCAGCCCCACAGGGGAGCCCCACGAGACGGAAAGCUGGUCAGGGGAGCGGAGGAUAGAGACCUGUUGGCAGGAGGACCCCCAUGACCCCUUCUCCUGGCAGGAAGCUGCCCAGCUGACCGCCUCUCCAGCUCCUGCAGCAGCUGAGGAGAUGGCGCCAUGCGCCCAGCACAAGGGCAGCCCCCUGCCCUGGCUCACAGCCCCCUUGGACCUGGGCUCCGCGUCCGAGUCUGCUCCCGGGACCUGCUCGGGGUCUUCGGCCUCGUCCUCUGGGAGCGGCCUGUCGUGUCCCUCUCUCCAGGAGUUUCAGAAAGCCUCUGCCAUCCUGGUCCAGCUUUCCCAGAGCUCCAUCUCCCUGUCGGACUGGGAAGCCGGGGACACCCCGGAUGCAGACUGCGGCUGGUCUGGGGAGUUAUCUGCGGGAGACUCCUGGGGGUGCCCCCAGGGCGGAGGGCAGGUGACCUGGGAGAGGCCGGAGGGCAGCAGGGCCGGUCCCCUGCGCAGCUCCUCCCCUGUGUCAGGAGGCCCAGAACCAGUGCGAGGCCUUCUGCGGGCGGGCUGGCCACUGCCUCUCCCCGAUGCCCCCUCUCCGAGGUCAGGGUCGGAGCUGUCAGUGGCGUCCAGUGAGGUCCGGGACGAAGAGAAUCUGCCAGAGCCUGGCGCUGGUGCCGAGAUAGCCUCAGGGUGCUCCUUGCCUGCAGGAGGCUCCUCCGACCUGGAAAGCAGCGAGGCACCUGGAGGGGCACUUCCUUCCUGGGACCCUGGGGAGGGACAGGAAGCUUCUGGAGCCAGUGGGAGCCUGACCAGUGGAUCAAGUACAGGAAAAGCCAAGUGGACGUCCCCUAAGGCUGCCUGCAUGGCAUUUCCAUGCCAAGCCUCUUCCUCCAGUGACGUAGACCCUUCCCUUUCCAUUCCCUUGAGGACCUUGGCAUCUGAAGGGGUGGAUUUCAGCAAAGGAGGAGAGACUGGGCCUCCGCAGGCCUUGGCUGGCUGCCCAGAGGGGCCCCAGGAUGCUGACCUGAGUUCAUCCACCGACAGGAAACCCCUACAGGCCUCACCUGAGCCUGAGGUCCCUGUGAGCCCGCAGGCUCCUCCUGGGGACCCCAGUGGGCUGGCAGCUCCAGCAGCUAAGAGCCGGGUGCCUGGGUGUGGGGGCAGCGGAAGCCCCUCUGUCCCGGAGGAAGCCCACUCCCCCCUGGCUGGCUGUGUCUUGCCUGAGAUCCUGUCCCCUGUCGAUGAGGUGCUGUCCUGUGGCACAGACAGUGAGGCCGACGCCGACAGCCUCCACUCAGAGGACUUCCCUGCCCCGCCCGAAGACGCCACAUGUCCAGGGGGCUGGCUGGGCCCCCAGGGGGAGGACGCCUCCCUUAACGCUGGCAAGUUGCCCUCCUUGUCCGGGGAGGGCCUGCCCGAGGCACUGUCCCCGGGGCCCCAGGAGUCGAGGCUCUGCCUGGGGGCAGCUGGACGGGGCAGAAGCCUUGGGGAUGAAUUGGGCCUCUGCGUGGAUCUCCUGGGUGUGGAGAGAGCCGAGGUGGUGGAUUUGGUCUCCACCCAGCUCACCAGAAGGAUCCUGUGCGAUUCACUAGCUGUGCUGUCAGAGCUGGCCCAGCCGGGCAGCCCACCGACAGAGGAGCUGGCGGGCGCGGGCGGGGCGGCGCGGCUGUACCGCGCGGGCGAGGACGCCGUGUGGGUGCUGGACAGCGGCAGCGUGCGCGGGGCCACGGCCAACAGCUCGGCCGCGUGGCUCGUGCAGUUCUAUUCCUCGUGGUGCGGCCACUGCAUCGGCUACGCGCCCACCUGGCGGGCCCUGGCCGGGGAUGUGCGAGACUGGGCCGCUGCCGUCCGAGUCGCCGCCCUGGACUGUGCGGAGGAAAAGAACCACGAGGUGUGCCGAGCCUACGACAUCCACUUCUACCCCACCUUCCGGUAUUUUAAAGCAUUUACAAAGGACUUUACAACUGGAGAAAAUUUUAAAGGGCCCGACCGAGAGCUGCAAACGGUGAGACGAACGAUGAUCGAUUUCCUGCAGAACCACACUGACAGAAACAGGCCUCCUGCCUGCCCAUCUUUGGACCCUAUUCGGCCCAGUGACGUUCUUUCCCUCCUUGACAACCGUGAUGGCCGUUACGUGGCGGUUUUAUUUGAAGGCAACAGCUCCUACGUUGGACGUGAGGUGAUUUUGGACCUGAUUCCAUAUGAGAACAUCGUGGUGAAGAGAGCACUGAGUGUGGAGAAGGCCUUUCUGGAGAAACUUGGUGUUACCUCUGUUCCUUCAUGUUACUUGAUUUACCCAAAUGGGUCACACGGAUUAAUUAACAUUGGGAAGCCUCUCCGAUCGUUCUUUUCCUCUUACUUGAAGUCGUUGCCGGAUGUGAGGAAAAAAUCACUUGCAUUGCCUGAAAAACCACACGAAGACAGUUCUGCAGUUGUGGUUUGGAGAGAGUUUGACAGGUCGAAACUGUACACGGCAGACCUCGAGUCGGGGCUGCACUACCUCCUGCGAGUGGAGCUGGCUGCCCACAAGUCCCUGGCCGGGGCCGAGCUGAAAACCCUCAAGGACUUUGUGACUGUCGCUGCCAAGCUGUUCCCCGGCCGGCCGCCAGUGAGGAAGCUGUUGGAGACGCUGCAGGAGUGGCUGGCCAACCUCCCCCUGGACAGGAUCCCCUACAAUGCCGUCGUCGACCUGGUCAACAACAAAAUGCGGAUUUCUGGACUAUUCCUUCCUAGUCACAUAAAGUGGGUUGGAUGUCAGGGGAGCCGACCAGAGUUGAGGGGUUACACGUGUUCGCUCUGGAAGUUGUUCCACACUCUGACUGUGGAGGCUGGGGCCCACCCAGAGGCGCUGGACGACACAGGGUUUGAAGACGACCCCCAGGCAGUGCUGCAGACCAUCAGGAGGUACAUUCACACCUUCUUUGGCUGUAAGGAAUGUGGUGAGCAUUUUGAGGAAAUGGCUAAAGAAUCCAUGGAUUCUGUGAAAACCCCAGACCAAGCAAUUCUCUGGCUGUGGAAGAAACAUAACCUGGUAAACAACCGCCUGGCAGGCCAUCUGAGUGAGGACCCCCAGUUUCCAAAGGUUCCUUGGCCUACUCCGGACCUCUGUCCACCCUGCCACGAGGAAAUUAAGGGCCUGGACAGCUGGAACGAAGGUCAGGUGCUCCUGUUCUUGAAGCGGCACUACGGCAGCGACAACCUUGUAGACACAUAUUCCGCGGACCUGGGAGAUGCCAGCGAAGGAGGUCCCCCGGCCGAGGGCCAGGAUGGGGAGAGGGGCCGCCCUUCCCCAGAGAAGCCGCAUAGAGACCAGGCCAAGAGUCUCCAUCCGCCCAGCGCGCAGCCUCCCCGACCUCGCCGGUCAGAGGGGUUGCACCAAGGACUGGACCUGAAACUCGAGAGUCUGAACGGGGCCGCGGGCCGCAGGGAGGCGGGGGCAGCCAUGCCCUUUCUCGGGCUGGGCUUCUCCAGCCUGGACAUGAGCCUCUGCGUCGUGCUCUAUGUGGCCUCCUCCCUGUUUCUCAUGGUGAUGUACUUUUUCUUCCGAGUGCGGUCCAAGCGGUGGAAAGUCAGGCAUCACCACCCGUCCGUGUAGAACUUAGCAAGACCGUGGAAGCGCCUCUGGGAAAACAGCCCCCCCACGCCACCUGCUGCUUUACU